CCAUUUUGUGUUUCCAUAUUGCUACCACACUAUAUAUAUAACCAUCGUCUCCAUUUUCUCUACAGAGCAACGAAUCUCCAUUCUCAAUGGCGCAGACGACCAUUGUUGCUCUGGCCAUGGCUCUAAGCCUUGCAAUGUUCUUGCAGGCCUCAUUAGGUGGGAAGAUCGAGUGCGAGGAUUUGAAGGAGACGUCGUGCGCGUACGCGGUGUCGUCGAGCGGGAAGAGGUGUGUUCUGGAGAAGCAGGCGUCGCCGGCGGUGGGGGGACGACGGAGCCGCGGCGGCGCCGCGGCGGAGGAGGAGGAGGAGGAGUAUGCUUGCCGGGAGUCGGAGAUUGAGGCGGAGGGGGUGAAGGAUUGGGUGGAGAGUGAGGAGUGUGUAAAAGCGUGUGGGGUGGAUAGAAGCGCGCUUGGGAUUUCUUCAGACUCUCUGCUAGAGUCGCAUUUUGCGAAAAAGCUCUGCUCACACCAAUGCUACCAUGGCUGCCCCAACAUCGUCGAUCUUUACUUCAACCUUGCUGCUGGGGAAGGAGUGUAUCUUCCCAAAUUCUGCGAGGCGCAGAGGAAAAACGGUCGCCGGGAAAUGGCGGAGCUGAUAAGCUCUGGAUCCGCCGCGGUGGCGCCGGAAGGGCCUAAGGGAGUUGGUUUCUACUCCGGCGGACCGGCGCCGGCGCCGGAGCCGGCGUUCUUUUAAUUUUGCGUAUACGUGCUACUAUGGGUUUUCUUGAUGGAGAUGGAAUACACACAUACAUACAUACUAUAUAUAUUUAUAUUAGAGUAAUUAAUCUAUUGUUUGUUCUAGUACUAGAAAAGAUGUCCGAAGAGAUGAAUAAAGGGGUUGUCUGUUGACCCCAUGAUACACUACUCCCAGGAAAAUAUAUACUAUUGUUUUUUGGAAUGAAUAUUAGUAUUAUUAUUAGAGUGUCCCUAUUGGAUGAAUUUCUAAGCUACGAUCAAUCUGACAAUAGCAUAAAAAAAGAUCAAAAUUUGAACAUAUAAAGUUAUCAUUACAAGAACGAUAAAUUCAUAAAUUUGCACCACACAAUUAUAUGAACUGAUAAAAUAAACAAUUAAAAAAAAAAAAAAAA